CAAUUCAUUUAUUAAAAAAUCAUCAAAUUACUUUAAAUUAUUUAAAUUUUCUUUCUACUUCAUAAUCAAUGUCGACGACGGAAAAGAAACCUAGUAAUAAUAAUACACUCCUCGGAAACAGUGAACCAAUUAAUUCAUCAACACCAACCACUAAUAAGAUUGUAUCUUUUCUAGGAAGGAAGAAUAAUUUCAAUCCUAUCAAACCAACAUCUUCAAAGCCUAAUGAAGUUCCACUCACUCGUCUCCAGAAAUUAGCAUUGAAUAUUGGAAAGAUGUGGAAUGAUUCAUUCGGAAGGAGAGUGAUAGCAUUCACUGCCUUGUUUAUUUCUUCAGCCUAUUUUAUUGCCAUUCCUAAAUUCAAUACCUACAUUAAGAAUAGUCAACAAGAUGAAGAUGAUGAGGAUGAUGAUGAUGGAGAAGAAUAAAUUCUUUCUCAACUCACACAAAGUGAAAAGAGUGAUAAAUUAAUGGAAUUAUUUGGCAAUGAUAUGAAAAGCCUUUUUCAAUAGAAAAUAAUCGAAAAUUAGGGUUAACAAUAAUAGAAGAUGAAAAUAACAAAUCUAGAUUUAUAAUCAAUUUUAAUAAAUUAAUAAUUUAAACCUUUUGAU